CAGAAGAUUGCAGAUAGCAAUAAUGGCGACGAUCACCCAAACUGUGCAAGAAUACCUGCCAAAAACCCAGAUCAAGCAAAUCACGUCUCCAAGGACCAAACCUCAGCUUCAAAAAACCAAACACGAGCCUCAAGCUCUUGGAUGCCCAGUCGACUGCCCAUGCAAGACCAAGAAAGAAAGCGUAUUUGCAAGACCUAUGGCACUACUUUUCAAUGCCAUAGGAAUCCUUGUGGCUUUAAUAGCCACAUACAUGAUUGUCACCACAAAUUCUAAUAUCUAUCUCGUCUUCUGGGUCGCCUAUUCAGUACUAAGACGGCUUUCCAAAUCCCGAUCGCACAUUAAGUCUGAUUAAAAAUGUUGUAUGCACGCUAUU